AUGAAUUACAAUAAAAUUUACAAUAAAAUUUGUCAACCACCUCAUAAUCAGUCUAGACAACUAGCUGAUGAAAUAAGACUAAAUAAUACAAAAUUCACGAUUGUAACACCAAGAAUGAUAAUAAAGAGAAAUAUUAAACGAGAAAUCGAUGAUGAAAACAUAGAUAUUAAUUCGAUGGUAAAUGCCGUUUGGAACCACCAUUUAACAGAUGCUCAAAGAGAGGAAUUUGAAUCUUUGGCAAAAAGUAUUAACGACAUCAAUCAAAAUGUUGCGAAUAUUAAUAGUGAUUCGCACAAUAGAAUGAACCGAAUCAAUAAUCAUCAAGAAAUUGACCCUAUUGGGAUUUUUAGUGGGACGGAAAUCUCCCAAAGAACUGAUUUUGAAUCUCUCAUAUUAGCAACUUUUCCAUAA